AUGUCCAAGGAGGCGGCCAAGACUCCGAGGGAGGAUGGCGGCAUGGAGAGGAAGGGUGACGGCAAGGCAUCGAAGAAGCUGAUCGGCGGUCACAUCGAGCUCGGCCACGUGCUCGGCGUUGGCGGUUUUGGCAAGGUCUACAACGCGUACGAUGUGACAAAGAAGGUGCAUGUGGCAGUGAAGAUGAUUAACAAGGCGCUGGUGCGCAGCAGCGGCAUCCAGUCCUACGUGGAGCGCGAAAUCGAAAUGAUGCGCAAGAUGAAGAACCAACAUGUGGUGCGUCUUCUGGAGGCCAUCGAGACGUCCAAGGCGUACAACCUUGUCAUGGAGCUGGCCCCGAACGGGGAGCUUUUCGACAAAAUUGUGGACUCAAAACGCUUCGACGAGGAAACAGCGCGCAACUACUUCCAGCAGCUCAUUUGCGCCGUGCACUACUGCCACCGCAUGAACAUCGUCCACCGUGAUCUGAAGGCUGAGAACUUGCUGCUCGGUGAGAACAACGUGCUAAAGGUGUGCGACUUUGGACUCUCCCGCUACACGAAGGAGGGCCGUUUCAACGACCACGAGGUGCUCUUUACCUCUCUGGCAGGCAGUAUUGAUUACCAGGCACCCGAGGUGCUCAAGGAGCGGGGAUAUGAGGGGGAUUCGUGCGACAUGUGGAGCUGUGGCUGCGUCCUCUUCUUCAUGCUCUGCGGCUACCUUCCCUUCACGGACCGCUCAGACGGACUCACACGCAAGCGUAUUAUGAGCUGCCAAUACAAUAGGACAAGUCGCUAUCUCCCAGAGCAGGCUGCCGAUCUCAUCGCUCACCUGCUAGUCCCCUUCCCCUCCGCCCGCUAUACGACCGCGGAUGUGAUUCAGCACCCAUGGUUCCGUGUCAACCUCGAUCCCAGCAUGUUCCCUGACGACAAUGUGGUACCAACACCGAUGAGCCCACUUGGCAGCGGCGAGUUCAUUCAGCGCGUCAUCACCCCUCAGCUCAGCACCGGUAGCUUUGGUGCGGCCCCGUCACCCACCACCAGCAAGGCAGACGAGAUGCACCAGGCAUUCCAGAGCUGCAACAUCACGGGUGACGGCUUCCUCAACAAGGAGGAGGUGCGCGACGCCCUCAUAAAGCUCAAUGACGGUAAUCAGGUGACGGAGCAGGAGGUGAAGGAUUUCAUGAGCAACUUCCAGGUGGACCAGGAGGGCCGCAUUACGGAGGAAGAAUUUGUGAUGGGGUGGACAAAGCACCAGAACAACCUUGGCUCAAAGUACGACCUCUCCAAGAUGGCACACCUGUUCCACUACGACUUAGAAAAGGAGUUCCUGCAAGUAGUGCGCCAGGCCUUCGAUUCGAUCGACUCCGAGCACUCGGGCAUCAUCACCAAGGAGAAACUCAAGAGCUUGAACUUGGGCCUGACCGACAAAGAUGCUGAGUCUGCAUUCUCUUCGGUGGACACGGAGCACAAGGGCCUUUCCUCCCUUACUUUCGAGGGCUUCGUGUGCCUCUGCUUGAAGUACGACUUCUUCAAGAACCACCCACUCGCCAUCCGCUUGCGCCGACUAAAUGCCUUCUUCGAGGCCACUGAGCACGCCGCCUUCCGUGCUUCGCUGAACACCGGUUACACGGUUGCCGGCCAGCGCGAGGUGAUCAAGGCGCUCCUCCUGAGCAAGCAGGAGUCUCUUUCCACCACCUUCGAGGAGGGCGAUGGGAACGGCUUUCUCUACGGUACCUACACCCAAGACUCCAAGAAGGUACUGGAGAUCGGCGUGCGGCUGCUCCCCGCGGCAGCCGGCUAUACCAAGGUAAUUGUGUACCGCAUUGGCGGGAAGACCAUUGAGUUCCACAAGUGGUUUCUCGACCUGCGACGACUAAUGAAAGAUGAGCUGCUACGCUGCGAGGAGGACACGGCCGUGAAGGGCGAGCCGGAGUUGAUGUAA